AGAUCUGACGGUAAAUGACCAAAUAAUCCCUGGUCAGCAGCUGACCAGGUGAACGGCACCGUGUCUAUAGAUAUGCCUCUCAAGUCCUUGAUUAUCCCAACUCAUUUUCAGUUCUUCUUUCACCACCAAGGUUAUCAUUAUCUGGGAGCCUGUGCUGACUGCAUUGCAGCCCUAUGGCCAUGGAAACUAAAUCAUGCCAACAGCUUCAUAUCUUCAUUCUUCCAUACAUGGCUCGCGGCCACAGCAUACCCCUUACAGACAUAGCUAAACUAUUUUCUUCUCAUGGGGCAAGAUGCACCAUAGUAACUACUCCCCUCAAUGCACCACUCUUCUCCAAAGCAACCCAAAGAGGUGAAAUUGAACUUGUUCUCAUUAAGUUCCCAUCUGCUGAAGCAGGGUUGCCUCAAGAUUGCGAAAGCGCCGACUUGAUUAUAACACAAGACAUGGUGGGAAAAUUUAUCAAAGCCACCUUUCUACUUGAACCACAGUUUGAGAAGAUUUUAGAUGAACAUCGACCUCAUUGCCUUGUUGCUGAUGCUUUCUUUACUUGGGCUACAGAUGUUGCUGCCAAGUUUCGAAUUCCAAGGCUGUAUUUCCAUGGAACCGGUUUCUUCCCAUUGUGUGCUACAUUGAGUGUGAUGAUGUAUCAACCUCAUUGUAAUUUGUCAUCUGAUUCAGAAUCUUUUGCCAUUCCUAAUCUCCCCGAUGAAAUCAAGAUGACUAGAAGCCAACUACCUGUGUUUCCUGAUGAGUCAGAAUUUAUGAAGAUGCUCAAAGCAUCUAUAGAGAUUGAAGAAAGGAGCUAUGGGGUUAUUGUUAACAGCUUUUAUGAACUAGAACCAGCUUAUGCAAAUCAUUACAGGAAGGUGUUUGGGCGGAAGGCAUGGCAUAUCGGCCCUGUUUCAUUAUGCAACAAGGCAAUAGAGGAUAAAGCAGAGAGGGGAUCAAUAAAAAGCUCGACUGCUGAGAAACAUGAGUGUUUGAAAUGGCUUGAUUCAAAGAAACCCCGCUCGGUUGUUUAUGUAUCAUUCGGAAGCAUGGUCCGUUUUGCUGAUUCUCAGCUACUAGAAAUCGCAACAGGCCUUGAGGCUUCUGGACAAGACUUCAUUUGGGUUGUGAAGAAAGAAAAGAAAGAAGUAGAAGAGUGGUUGCCUGAAGGAUUUGAGAAGAGAAUGGAAGGUAAGGGACUGAUCAUAAGAGAUUGGGCUCCUCAAGUGCUAAUUCUUGAGCAUGAAGCAAUAGGAGCAUUUGUGACUCACUGUGGGUGGAACUCUAUAAUAGAAGCAGUGUCUGCUGGAGUUCCAAUGAUCACGUGGCCGGUGAUCGGCGAGCAGUUUUACAAUGAGAAGUUGGUGACUGAGAUACUUAGGAUUGGGGUUCCUGUUGGUUCUGAAAAAUGGGCUUUCUCAUUUGUGGAUGUAGAGGCAGAGACAGAAGGGAGGGUGAGGAGGGAGGCCAUAGAGGAGGCUGUGACUAGAAUCAUGGUGGGUGAUGAAGCCGUGGAAAUGAGAAGCAAAGUGAAAGAGCUUGGGGAGAAUGCAAGGAGGGCUGUUGAAGAAGGUGGAUCAUCUUUCUUGGAUUUGUCUACUCUAGUCGGAGAGUUGAACGACCUAGCUUUUGGAGGCCGUUGAACGACUUGAAUUCCAACACCAGUACACUAUUUGAGUUGCAGUAAUCUUAAAUUUCACUUGAACUCUUUUGCCUUAAAAAAAAAAGUAUAAAAAA